AUGGCGCCCACCUCGCCCGACCCGAAUCCGCGCAUCACUGCCGUCGACUUUGACUCCCAUCGCAGACACAGGCGACAUUCUCAUGAGUCCCGGCCCAGACUCGGCGACGAUGACUUUGACUUCAUGGGUCAGGUUGCGCAGGAGAUUGUCGAGCGGGAUCGGCGCAAGAUGCGCAGAGAAGUCGUUCGAGUUCUGAGCUUCAUCUGCGCCGUUCUGAGUUGUCUAUGUGCAGGCUCAAUAACCUCAUUCUCGCUGUACGGCGCGCGCUUCUUGACCGAUCUCCACUACACCCAGUUUCGAGUCAACGCCGUCUCAAUCGUCGCGGAACUGGCCAUGUACCUGCCUGUGCCUUUAUUUGGCUACCUUUGCGACCGAUACUCCCCUCCACCGCUAUCUCUCCUCUCUUCCGCCCUUUUCGGUGCAGGUUACCUGCUGGCCGCGUUCACCUUCAAGUCGGGGCCCCCCGCGGAUGCUACGAAGCCCGGACACGGAUGGCCAUUUGGUGUCAUGGUUCUGGCUUUCAUCGGCAUCGGUGCGGGGACGAGUUGCAUGUAUCUGUCCGCCGUGGCGACCUGUGCAAAGAACUUUUCGACAGCGAAAUACCGCGGGUUUAUGCUGGCCGUGCCGAUCGCGGCGUUUGGCCUCAGCGGCAUGUGGGAGAGCCAGAUUGGCGCCCACUUGUUGUACCAGAGACUACCGGACGGACGGAAAGGAGAAGUCGAUGUCUUCAAAUACUUUGUGUUUCUGGCUGGGACGUUGCUGGGCGUUGGAAUACUGGGAGCCUUGGGCCUGCGAAUUGUCGACGAGGAAGAACUCAUCGAGCAAGGCGUGGAGACUCUCGAGCGAAGCGGCUUGUUAGACGAGAGCGAGUUCUUCCGCGACUCCCCGGACCCGACGCCCAGGACCUAUGGAACUAUGGGUGACGGUGACGAGUCAGACUCUGGGUCUGGCACCGCGACGCCUUCUGACAGAGACUCGGAGGCGGAAUUCGACCUGUCUGAAUCGCAGCUCCUCAAGCGACGGGAGCAGGACCAUCGCCUGAAGAAGAAGAAAUGGUGGUUGUUGAACCACGCAACGCACUCGUUUCUGACGGAUCGCACCAUGUGGCUGCUGGCCGCCGGAUUCUUCCUACUGACCGGUCCUGGCGAGGCGUACAUCAACAACCUGGGCACAAUCAUCCCGACAUUGACGCCAAAGAACUACUUGGACCUGACGAGUCCACCGGCAGGACACGCCGCGACGCACGUCAGCAUCAUCGCGCUGGCCUCUACCUUCGCCCGCCUCUUCACAGGCACUCUCUCCGACCUGUUCGCGCCGCCAUCGCAGCCCGAUAACCCACCAUCCACGCGCGUCAGCUUCUCGCGCCUCGUCUUACUCAUACCGUCUGCUUUCCUCCUGCUGCUGUCCUUCCUGAACCUUGCUCUCCCGUUCUUGACCGCACAGCAUCCCAGCCUCUUCAUGUUGUCGUCUGGCCUGCUCGGCCUCGGCUACGGCGCCUCCUUCUCGCUCGUCCCUAUCAUCAUCUCCGUCGUCUGGGGUGCCGAGAACUUCGCCACCAACUGGGGCGUCGUCGCCAUGAUGCCCGCCGGCGGCGCUGCGGUCUGGAGCAUCGUCUACUCGGCCGCAUAUUCGCGCGCCAGUGCGAGCGGCCAUGAUUCCGGAGACGUCGCGGAAGGCGAGUGCAGUGGAUACGCCUGUUUCGGCGGGUGGGCAUGGGGUUGUGCCGCGAGCGUCGCGGUUGCCAUCGUCCUCUGGUGCUUUGCUUGGAGGCUUUGGAGGAAGAGGAACGUUGUCGUGUAG